UUAUUUUAAAUAUAAGUUCUAGAAGCCAUCGGUAGGCCAUGGCGGCAGACGACGCAGAUUUGGUGCGUCCAGAUGGAAGUAUUCUAGAAGUUGGCGAUCGCAUACGGUGUGAUGUAAACUUUGGUACAGUCAAGUAUAUUGGGAUAGUCCCUCCAACAAAAGGUGUUUGGCUUGGUAUAGAAUGGGAUGAUCCCACUCGUGGCAAGCAUGAUGGAUCACAUGAAGGAGUACGGUAUUUUCAAACCAGUCAUCCAAAUUCAGGAUCAUUUCUGCGACCAAAGAAAGCAUGUCUGGGUAUUGAUUGUUUUCAAGCCAUUCAAAGUCGGUAUGGUAUACAAAAACAUGGCAGUGCAGGGGUCAACACUGAAACACUUUAUGUGCUGGAUGCUGAUAACAGACAAACUGUUGUGGAGAUGGUUGGAGCUGAAAAAGUAAACUUGAUGCAGAGUCAACUGAAUCGACUGCAAGAAGUGUCCAUACGGGACAUGGAUGUGUACGGCACACAGUCAGAUUGUGAAUUAUCCCAGAACACACCUUCCAUCCAGACUCUAGAUGUGUCGCGGAACUUAAUAGCAUCUUGGCCAAUGGUGGCAAAGAUCUGUCAGCAGUUACCUAAUCUGCAAUCACUUUUUCUUAGUGAAAACAAGCUUCAUGCUCCAACAUAUUCAACAGACGUGUUAAAAGCUUUUAAAGCUGUCAGAAAUUUGUACUUGAACAAAAUGUCAUCAAGCUGGCAUGAGGUAUUGCAGUGCUGCUCCUUAUUUCCUAUUUUGGAGACAUUGUACGUCAGUGCCAAUGCAAUGCAAAUGCUGGAGGAGCCACAGUGCUGUUUGCAGCAGCUUACAACGCUGAGCCUAGAAAAUAACAACAUCAGCAGCUGGGAUGAAGUUAUGAAACUUGGAAAGCUACAGCAACUGGAGACCUUGGUGAUUACAGACAAUCCCAUAGAAAGGAUAUAUUUUCCUGAUGUACCUUACAGAAAGAAGUCUCAACUUUUUCCCAAGCUGAAACAUCUGUACAUAACUUUGAACAAAAUUUCAGAUUGGGCAUCAAUCAAUGAGCUCAACAAGCUUCAGAACCUUGAAGACCUUGGCUUUGGGAGCUUGCCUCAUCUGGGAGCUGCAGAGACAGUUAGAGAGAUUGUCAUAGCAAAGAUUGGCAAUCUCACUCGAUUUAACAGGACUGAUGUUAAUGAACAAGAGAGAAAAGGUGCAGAGAUUGACUACCUGAAAAAAUUUGGACCAGACUGGCUAAAGGCAGGAGGCAACCAGGAUUCAUCAAAAGAUAAUCCAGAUAUAGAAUUCCAAGCACAGCAUCCACGUUUUUGUCAUCUUGUUAGCAAAUGGGGUGCUCCUGAAAACUCCGAAAUGGUACAGCAGUCACUAUCAUUGAAAGACAACCUUAUCACAAUAAAAAUUUUCAGUCCACAGGACCCUGAGAAGGGAGUAAUGGAAAAGAAAUUACCUUCUACAAUGUCAGUCCAGAAGCUGAAGACUUUGAUUCAACGGAUAUUUCGGCUAGACAAAGACUUUACACUGUCAUACAUUAGUCAUAAGAUGCAAGGACCAGAGAUAGAAUUUGACAAUGAGUUGAGGCAGAUCUCUUUUUACUCGGUAGAAAAUGGGGACACAAUUCAAGUAAAGUGGCGGUGAUGUGUGCACUUUUAGAAAGUGUGAGCAGUUGCAAUUGCUAAGACAUUAGUUUCUCUCUUUUUUUGUCACUGAUGGGGUUUUAAGAUUGUACCAAAUGUGUUCUGCGUUUGAGAGUAGCACAUGAACUUCAUUAUGUUUAAGCAAUGAAAAGAAAGUUUGUAACAGAUUUUUUUAUUUUUAUUUUACUUGACUUCAUUUGCACAGAUGCAAUUAUAGUACAAGGCUACCUUGAGUAGACCAAAAUCAUCCAAAUGUUAAUAUUUUUAACAACCAUGAAGUCACAGCAUAGAUCAGAACACUGGCCAUUUAUGACUUCAUGAUUUGCUACAUUAAUUUCAUGCUCCUUUGAAAACUAAAUUCUUAGUGUGCCAUGUGCAAAUAGUGACUGAGAGAGCGACAGCAGCAUGCAGAAUCGUUUGAUGUUCCAGCUCUUAAACAAGUUAGGAAUAGUGUCCUUUUUCUUCCUUAUCAUUGUGGAAAUGUGUGUAUACAUGUGAUGAUUGUUGGCUUGUGUGCAUGCAUGCACAUCUGUGCAUGCAUGCACAUCUGUGCAUGAGGCUGUAUGUACAUGCAACUGUGCAAGCAAUUUAAAAAAAAACAAUUAUUAUGUUUUCCUGUGUUUCUUUACAACCAUGCUGUGUUGAAAUCUCGAAAGAACUUAAAUAAAAAAAGAUAAAUGAACUACUUUUACCUCAUUUUAAUUUUAACCUAUUAUUAUUUUUUGCUUUUUAAAUAUAACUUUAUGUUUUGCAUAUAAAUUUAUUAAUAGUUAAAUAUGAAAUUAAAUUGAAUUAUGCUUAUCAUAAAAUGUUAAAAUUAUUAAAGCUUCUUAAAAAAAAACCUUCCCCACAGUCUUGGGGUGCUAAUAUUGACAAAGGAUUCAGAAGCAGUUCUCUUCCCCUAAUCCUUCAUGCAUUUAAUUCAUGCUUGCUACGGUGCUCUUUGUUUGCUGAUGCUUGUGUUUCUUGUUUAGUUGACUCACAGUUCAUUAUGGAGCCUUUCAUGUGCAGCAAAUUGAGCUGGCAUACACAUGAGGAAAUGCACUUUACAAAUUCAGUUAUCAUCCUCCUCCUUUGUAACAUAGAAAAUGUAGAAAUAUAUCACAGCAAAGUACAUGCAACUAUUUAUGGCUGUGUCAUCCUAGGGAUAUGCACCAACCAAUUAAUUGACUCAUUUUGCAUGCUCCCAGCCCUAAAUGGAUUUCCACCGUGAACUCUUCAUUCUAGCAUGAUUUUAUUGUCAGCUUUUGUCUACUACUUCAUUAUGACAAGACUUUUUUGAUUCAGGAAUUCACGUAUUAUUUUGUUAUUUUGCAUCGGUAUAGGGAAAUAUUGAAACACUUGUUCAAGGACUGUGAUGCACCUGUGAUUAAGUACUGCUGCAGGUUUGUGUCUGUGUUUCCAGUGCUUCAGGAGCAUAAAUAAAAUGUUUUGCUGAUUCACA